AUGGGGUUUAUAUUUUCAAAGUCUAUGAAUGAGAACAUGAAAAGCCAACAGGAGUUCAUGCUUAUGAAUUCCCGACUUCAGCUGGAAAGGCAGCUAAUAAUGCAGAAUGAAAUGAGAGAAAGACAAAUGGCUAUGCAGAUUGCUUGGUCUCGGGAAUUCCUCAAAUAUUUUGGAACUUUUUUUGGCGUUACAGCCAUCUCUUUAACAGCUGGAGCAAUUAAAGGGAAGAAGCCCGUCCUCAUCUUGCCUAUGGUUCCAUUAGGCUUUGUCCUUGCCUAUCAGUAUGACAUGGGCUAUGGAACCCUUAUACACAGAAUGAAAGGUGAAGCUGAGAACAUACUGGAAACAGAAAAGAGUAAGUUGCAGCUGCCAAAAGGAGUGAUCACUUUUGAAAGCCUUGAAAAAGCAAGAAGGGAACAGAGUAAAUUUUUCAUAGACAAGUGA